AAGAUCUUUGUUACAAAGGUUGGCAAUUUCAAUAUGGUAAUGGUGAUGUUAAUAAGAAUGAGCGUUUGGCAUUUGAUAAUUUUAUAAAGGCUGCUGAAGAUGAUGAUGAUGAGGGACAGUUUUGGACGGGUUUUUGUUAUAAUUGGGGAAUAG